UUUCAUUCUGAAAGUUUACAUUAAAGUGAACACUCUCUCUCUCUCUCAUCUCACUCUCUCCACACAAAAACCAAUGUCUUUUGAUUUUUAGGUCUUGCUAUAUUAGGACCUUGUAACUGUAAAAUAGUGACAUCAAUUUCUAAACACAUAUAUAACACUCAGAAUUUAUUGCUACAUUACAUCAUUCAUAAACUUCCUCUUCCUAUAUAGGAACAAAAUCUUACCAUAUUUUUCUCCUAUAUGGACCUUCUAAGAUUAGAACCAUGUUCAUCUCAUAAUUUGAAUCUCUCAUUUUCUGACAAGAGAAACACAGAAAAUGAAGAGAAAAAACAUCUUCUACUUCUUGAUUUAAGUCUUCCUAGCAAAGAACAUUCCGGUGACGACGAGUCGUCGAAGCAAGAACUCAAUCUCAUAAACUGUUUCGAUACAGACGCGUCGAAUUCCAUGAACUCGUCCACGGAAUCUAAUCAUGGUAAUGAAUUAGAGCCAAGGAUUUUCUCAUGCAACUACUGUCAAAGAAAGUUUUAUAGUUCACAGGCACUUGGUGGACACCAAAAUGCACACAAAAGAGAAAGAACUAUGGCGAAAAGAGGAUACAAAAGUUCCGUUUCGCUAGAUUUUGAACACAGGUACUCAAGUUUGGCUUCUCUACCUUUGCAUGGCUCAUAUAACAGAUCACCAUCAUCAUCAUUACCACUUGGAAUUCAGGUGCAUUCUUCAAUGAUUCAUAAACCUUCUUAUCAAGCACCGUUUUUCGGUUUGUCUCGUUCGCGUGUUCAAAACCAGUGGCAGAAGCUGCCUGUGUAUUCACAACCAGCCAUCGGAAAUCUUGCAUCAGAAACGGAUGGAUCAUCCUUUUCUCCAACAAAGGUUCAAGAUGGAUUUGGAGGAUACUGGUUUGGUAACAGUGCUACCGCUACUGAUACACGUUUGAAGACUAAACAAGAUGAGUUGCAGAAGCUUGAUUUGUCCCUCAAACUCUAAGCGCUUUUAAUAUAUAUCUUAUAUUGAAUAUCGUGUCUUAAUUUUUUCUGUUUAUUAAUUUGUCUUUGUUAUAAUUGAUUAAUUUUCAAGUUAAUUAGAAGUUGAAGCCUCACAAUUCA